CACACGCGCGCUUGUUUCUCCAUCAGCGCUGCGCCAGAGGCGCGUUCACUGCAGCUCUGUGGAGCGCGCGCACACAAGAGAGAGGAGGGGACGCGCUGCUGCGGCUCGGAACAUCUUCACCCGGUGUGAUUCAUGUUCAAGUGUCCAGGAGGAACGGCGUUCAUCUCUCAUAAUCAUCAUGGCCUCGAUCUCAGAGUGGUACGCGGGGAAGAACGUGCUGAUCACGGGGGCCACGGGCUUCAUGGGAAAGGUGCUGGUGGAGAAACUCUUGCGCUCCUGCCCGGAGGUCAACGCCCUGUACAUUCUCGUCAGGCCGAAGGCGGGUCAGUCCAUGUCAGAGCGCGUCCAGGACAUGAUGAAGAGUAAGCUGUUUGACCGUGUACGUGAAGAUAACCCUGAGUUUCAUCAGAAGAUCAUACCCAUCAGCAGCGAGCUCACACAGCCCAGCCUCGCCAUCAGUCCAGAGGACGUACAGACACUCACUUCCUGUAUCAACAUCGUCUUCCACUGCGCCGCCACAAUACGCUUCGACGAACCACUGAAGCAUGCCUUGCAGCUGAACGUCAUCGCCACGCAGCAGCUCCUCUCUCUGGCACAGCAGAUGAAACACCUGCAGGCGUUCAUCCACAUCUCCACCGCCUACGCCAACUGCAACCGCAGACACAUCGAUGAGGUCAUCUACCCUCCUCCGGUCGAGCCCAAGAAGCUCAUCGAUUCUCUGGAGUGGAUGGAUGACAAUAUCAUCCUUGACAUCACGCCGCGUCUGAUAGGUGACCGACCCAACACGUACACCUACACCAAAGCUCUGGCGGAGUGUGUGGUCCAGCAGGAGAGCGGCAAACUCAACAUCGGCAUCAUACGGCCCUCUAUCGUCGGAGCCAGCUGGCAGGAGCCCUUCCCCGGUUGGAUAGACAAUUUUAAUGGACCAAGUGGUGUUUUCAUUGCUGCUGGGAAGGGCAUCCUGCGCACCAUGAGAGCCAGUAAUGACGCGGUGGCGGAUCUGAUUCCCGUAGACGUGGUUAUAAACCUGACGCUGGCUGCUGGCUGGUACACUGCAGUGCACAGACCGAAAACUGCACUGGUGUAUAACUGCACAACAGGAGGCAUUAACCCCUUCCACUGGGGAGAGAUCGAGCAUCACGUGAUGUCCACGUUCAAAAGGAAUCCUCUAGAACAGGCUUUCCGCCGGCCCAACGCCAACAUCACCUCCAACUACCUGAUCAACCAGUACUGGAUCCUCGUCAGCCACAAGUUCCCUGCGCUCCUCUACGACCUCUUCCUCAGACUGACUGGACAGAAACCACAAAUGAUGCGUAUUUUCAACCGUCUGCACAAAGCCAUCGGUCUGCUGGAGUACUUCAGCAGUCAGGACUGGGAGUGGAACUCUGACAACAUGAACAUGCUGAUGAGUCACCUGAGCGCCGAGGACAGGAAGACCUUCAACUUUGACGUUCGCCAGCUGAACUGGCCGGAGUACAUCGAGAAUUACUGCAUCGGCACCAAGAAGUACGUUCUGAACGAGGACAUGUCGGACAUUCCCGCUGCCAGACAGCACUUGAGAAAGCUGAGAAACAUCCGAUACACGUUCAACACCGUGCUGCUCGUCUUCAUCUGGCGCGUCUUCAUCGCUCGCUCUCAGAUGGCCAGGAACAUCUGGUACUUCGUCGUGAGUUUGUGCUUCAAGUUCCUGUCGUACUUCAGAGCUUCCAGCACGCUGACCCAAUGACCGGAGCGCACAGGAAGUGUGUGUCCUCGUCCUCCGAGCACUUCCUCCUCCAGAGAGGUGUCUUCAGCUGUUCACACGCACACACAGGUGUUUCUUUAGCUUUCCUCACGGCCCGACCCGAAUCCUCGACGAUCGAUGCGAGUGCUAUUUUUAAAGGUGUCCUUUUAUAACGACUCUCCUUAAUACCAAUUAUAUAUGCAACCACAUUUUACAGUGUUUCUCCUUUACAUUCUUGUCACCAUCCAAAAUCCGGAGAACUUGCCUUUGUGUCUUCUGAUGAUUUUAGCCUUCUCGACUAAAGACAGUGUUUCAGUCACAGGACUAAGGAACUUCGUCACCGAUGGAGCUCAAAGCUUUGCUGUUUUCAGCGUUUUCUUUCUGUCUUUGUGUUUCUUUUGCCGGUUUGUUUGUGUCCUGUCUGUUCUAAUAUCAUUUAAUCAAGCCGGAAAACUCUUGUACCAUGUGGUACUAAAGCCUACAGGAACACAGUCCAGCAUUUUUGGUUCGGAUUUUGUCUUUUUUUCUUGUUUUGUUUGCUGCAUUCAGAGGGAAAGGCCACGGAUCUGAUGCAUAUAUAACAUAACAUUUUUUUUUUCUCCUGUGUCGUCACUUAUACUAACUACAUAUUAACAUAAAGAGCCAAAAGUGAAAGAAAAAAAUAUCGAUUCAUGAAGAAAUAUUGAGCGUAGAAGCAAUUUGUUUAUUAUUUUUAUCACAAUUAAGCAUAGGCCUAUACCUUAAUGCAUCCAUCAUUACAUUUUGUAUAUGAUUAUCAUCUAACUAUGUAUACUUAACUUAUAUAUAUAUAUAUAUAUAUAUAUAUAUAUAUAUAUAUAUAUAUAUAUAUAUAUAUAUAUAUAUAUAAUGUAAAUUUAAGUGUGAUUUGUGAUGAUUAAUGACUUUAAGUGUGAAAUAUGACAUUCUUGUUUGUUAUUUUGGUCUGUUUUGUACAGCAGAACACAAUGAGUUUAUCGUCAGUCUCUUUUUGUGAUCGUUAGAUGAGGAUAUUUCUGUCUACAGACAGGCAUAAGAGCGGUUCAUCGGUCUGUAAAUAUUCAAAGUAUAUAAAUAUGUUCCUUUUUCAAUUAUAUACAAACCAAAAAAUGUACAAAUGUAUAUUUGCGAGGGUGAAUCAAAUGGCUGUUUUAGAACAUCUAUUUCCGGAAAUGACCGAGGGCUUCCCAUAUUUUUUGAUGAAAAGCGAAAAAAGUGAAGAAAAAAAGUGUCGAGUCUCCGUUUCAAUGUUGUUUUAUUUGUUGUUAACCUCUGUUUAAAGUGCUCUGAAUCUAAAUCGUACGAUUUCAGGAGGGAACGCCCCUCAUGAGCCUUUAGAUCAUUGAUUUUUCAUGUUCUUGUAGAGUCUAUGCAGCACAACCUGUGCUUCUUCCUUCUAGAUACGUUUUGUAGUUCUGUUACCAUUUGUUUUUUAACCUUUGCUCAUUAAUUUGCUUUAAAGAUGAACCAAAAUGUGUGUAUUUAUACAGUUUUAUGAAUCUGAGGUAAAAAUUGACGGCUAAUAUUCCAUUUUCAGAUGUGACUUUCAUACAUCAUGAUGAUCAAUUGACACUAUUUAAGGUCAUCAUGAACUUUCAUUUUUCUACACUGCCCCCUGGUGGUCAAUUGCCAAAUUGUAUUUUUAGAAUGCAGUUUCUGCCUUCCCUCAUCUGUUUUUUUUUGUAUGUUUCGCACACAGUAUUCACGUUUACCACCCACACGUCUUCCUCAGCUUACUUCUUCAUAGUAGAGAGAUUAUUUUAGACCGAUUUGAGAUGUUUAUUCUCCUGCACAUAAGCGUAUCAGUCUCAGUAGAGAAGCACACGCACACUAAAAUCAUUCCAGUCUUGAAAUACACAGCCAUUUUUCUACUAGAAUCGAACACCUUGGUGUCUUAAUAAUGGCAACCCUUAGUUUUGAGCCAAGCUGAGCUUUCAAAUGAAGCUUCUACUGCCAACGUGAUCUUUACAAUCUCAAGCCGACAUGUCUGACAUGUUUUUAUGAGCUGGAUUGCAGUAAAGUUUUUUAAUGAAAAGAAAAAUGUCCCCUACUGAAAACGUUUCUUUCUUCCUUGUAACACGUGCAUGUUUGCUUUUUACAUACGAGAUGUUCGCAGCACUGAAGUUGUAGCUGACAUGGAUUUUGACCUUUCUCUACUCAACAUUUGUCUCCAUGUUGUGCUGUCAAACGUGUACGGUCGAGGUCUUUGAAUGGGAACUGUACUUUGAUAAAGUGUGUGCUUGACCGUUUGUUGCAAAGAGUUCAUGAAAAAAUAAACUGAAAUUACCAAG